AUGGGGUGCACCACUUAUGAUGAGGGUAACACUUUAAGGCAGAAGAAAGGUCCAUGGGCUCCUGAAGUGGACCUUUUACUCAUUAAAUACAUACAAGCUCACGGUGAAGGGCGGUGGCGUACAUUGCCCCAUAAAUCAGGUUUGCAACGUUGUGCGAAAGGCUGCAGAUUGCGGUGGAUGAACUAUCUGCGUCCAAAUGUAAAACGGGGGAACAUAUCUUUGGACGAGGAAGAUCUCAUUGUUAGGCUGCAUAAGGUCCUUGGGAAUAGAUGGUCUUUGAUAGCGGGAAGGAUCCCCGGUCGAACAGAUAAUGAAAUCAAGAAUUAUUGGAAUUCUCAUUUGUGCAAGAAACUCCCUCCCAAUGCCCUUCACCACAAAGCCUGCCAUUCCAAGAUACCCUCCUCUCUCUCAGAGCCCUCUUACAUCAGUCCAUUGCAGUCCUUUAAUAGACAGUUUCAAUGUAAUCCAGUGGAUUCUCUGGUGGGAAGUCAAAAAUGCAAGAAUUUGAAUUCUUCAUGUCCAGCUGAUCUCAUCAGUCACAAUGUCUUCAAUGACAACAGCUUUCCCUCCAACUAUAUGAGCUCUUUGACAACCCAACCGCAUUCAAAUGAGGAGGAUCCUCUGAAAAGCACCCAUUUCAAUAUUGGGGAUACUCCAAACUAUCAGAAUGAUAUAGUUACAAAGAAUGAAAUAUAUCAACAUCAGAGUAACCCUCAUAAUGCAAUAGAUGCAAGCUUCACAAACUCUUCGCAAUGCCAUAUUGAAUCUUUCAACACAGUUGAUCAGAUGAAGGAAUUGUAUGGUGUGAGAGAUGAUCUUGAAUUCUCCAAGAUGGGAGAAAUAGAAACAUCACAACGAGUACAAGGUUUUUUUGGAGAGAGAAAUGGGUUUAUGUUCUCUUUCAGGCCGAACAACCAAUACUCACCAUUACCAUCAGAGUAUGUUGGACUGGGCUCUAAUAUUGAUAAUGAUGGUAGUCACCAAGGAAGAUGGAAUCAGUUCUCUGCUAGUUGUAAAGAUCUGCAGGAGACUACCCAGCUCACCUCAUAUGAUGGCCUUCUGUCUUCAUUAUUUGAGGAUUAUUCUACCAUUGGUUUUGGUGAGGCUGCAACUAUAAUGACGAGGGAUGAUAGUCUAGGGCCUAGGCAAUUACAACACAACUGAAAGGAGAUAGGUUCACAAUCCACUAGGGAUAACAGCAGGGUAAAGGCUCUGGAGAAUUCGCUCUUUUUGUAUGAAUGUAGUUUUUCAUAGAUUGGUAUGUUCUACCA